AUGUCGUAUAACCGUCCAACUGGCCCUCCUCCAGAAAAGAGAGGUGCUGCUUCUGAUUAUUACAAUGGUGGAAGUACAUCCAAUCAACAGCCACAAGCCCAAUCAAAUUAUCAGGCUCAGAGUCAGGGUCAAGGCCAAGGCCAAAGAGGUAUAUUUGGAGGUAAUUCUCAACAGCAGGGAUAUUACCAACAGCCAGCAGGACAGCAGGGCUAUUAUCAACAACCUCCGGGAUAUUACCAGGGGCAACCUCAGCAAGGUUAUUAUCAACAGCAGCAGCAGCCUGUUUAUGUUCAACAGCAGCCUCAAUCGAGGAACAAUUCUGAUUGCUUAACUGCAUGCUUGGCUGCAAUGUGUAUCUGCUGUACGAUGGAUGCUCUUAUCAAUUGA